CUCCUCAUCACAAAGUCUUCUCCUUUCUUCAUCUUCUUGUUGAACGUAAUGGCAAGAGUCAGUAGCUUUCUCUUUGUUCUUUCUCUCCUUUGCGUUCUCCCUCUUUGUCUCUGCGAUAAGAGCUAUGGAGGCAAACUAAACCCGUGGUUUUACGCCCAUUCAUGCCCGAAAGCCGGAGAGAUCGUGAGAUCAGUUGUAGCCAACGCUGUAGCUAGAGAGACCCGUAUGGCUGCUUCCUUGAUGAGACUUCAUUUCCACGACUGUUUCGUUCAGGGUUGUGAUGGCUCUUUGCUUCUAGACAGCAGUGGGAGGAUAGUGAGUGAGAAAAGCUCGAACCCUAACAGCAAAUCUGCUCGUGGAUUUGAAGUAGUUGACCAGAUCAAAGCUCAGUUGGAGAAAGAAUGCCCUGGAACGGUCUCUUGCGCUGAUAUUCUCACCCUAGCCGCUAGAGACUCCUCUGUUCUUACUGGUGGACCAAGCUGGAUGGUCCCAUUGGGAAGAAGGGAUUCAAGAAGUGCAAGCUUGAGUGGUUCGAACAACAACAUCCCUGCACCAAACAACACUUUCCAGACAAUUCUCUCAAAGUUCAAUCGUCAAGGACUUGAUGUCACCGACCUUGUCGCUCUCUCUGGGAGUCACACCAUUGGAUUCUCAAGAUGCACGAGUUUCAGACAGAGGCUGUACAAUCAGUCCGGAAACGGUCGUCCAGACAUGACAUUGGAACAAUCCUUCGCUGCUAACUUGCGCCAAAGGUGUCCUAGAUCUGGAGGGGACCAGAAUCUCUCGGUGCUGGACAUUGUCAGCGCGGCGAGGUUCGACAACAGCUAUUUCAAGAACUUGAUAGAGAAAAUGGGGUUGUUGAACUCGGACGUGUAACAUCGAAUAUCUCGAGGCGAAAUAAUACUAAGUGUGUACCUCUCGUAUGCGCCAAAAUGAGGAUGCUUGGUUUAUGUCUUGAGCGAUUACACCAUCAGAAACUAAUCCUUUUUCCAGUGACUUUAACAGGAAAGCUUCAAGCUUCUCCCUGCAUUAGUUUUUGAAUCAGAUAAAACUCUCUCAUGGGAUUUUGAAUACUUAGAAGAGAACUGUUACCAAAAAAAUGUUAAAGUCAGAUAGAGACCAGACAU